GCUACGUGCACCCGCAGCCCUGCGCCCACCUCCCCACCACCUCCCUGCCCAUUGCCAUGCCUGAUCCACCGCCAGCUGCCAACGCCACCGCCCUUGACGUCGGUGGCGCCUCGCUGCUGCAGUCCCAGCCGCUGGAGCAGCCGCUAGCAGCGCUACCAGCCACCGCCGGCCUGCCUCGUGCCGCCGGCGGCCAGCCAUGACGCAGCCGCCGUCCGCAGCGGAACGGCAGGGUUCCGCUGCCGGGUCGUCGCCGCCGUGCCGCGGCGACACAAGUCCGGGCAGUUGUGCUCCGGAUGGGCGUCGGUUGCCUCCGCAGGAAGCGGAAUUCGAGCGGCUGCCGCAGGGCAUGCUGUUGACAAAGCGUUCAGACCUGUCAGCAGUACAGCGGGAACAGCUGGUGCAGCUGUUGCGGGAGCAUGACGACCUCUUCGCCCGCAGCCUGACGGACUUAGGCGAGUACAGGGGUGACGUAGGGCCUUUCCGCAUUGACCUGAUCCACGACCGGCCUAUUUGGCAGCGACCAUGGAACCACUCCGCUGCCGAGUACGAAGUUAUGGAUCAGAAGUGCGGGGAACUAGCCGGGGCCAACAUCAUCGAAACCAGCCGCAGCUCCAAGUAUGCCAUGAACUCGGUGAUGCCGGUUAAGAAGGAUGCUAACGGGCAGUUCACAGAGACGCGUUUCUGCCAGGACGCGCGCCGUACCAACGCUGCCACCAUGCCUGACCCGUACAGCCCGCCCCUGCCGGAGGAGCUGUUUCAGCGCAUAGGGUCUGCCCGUUGGCUAACCAAAGCAGAUUGCCGUGCCGCAUUUCUGCAAAUCCCCAUCCUGCCGGAGCACCGUGAGCGCACCUCCUUCUGGUGGCGCCGGGACCUGAUGCAGUACCGGCGGAUGGUGUACGGCCUGCGCAAUGCCACUGCGCACUUCCAGCGGGUUAUGGAUUUCCACAUACGGCAGCACGGGCUGCAGGACUUCGUCUGCGCCUAUGUGGACGACCUGCUGAUCUUCUCCAACACCUUUGAGGAGCACUGCGAACACCUGCGCCGUGUUUUCGCCAUGCUGCGGGCCAUCAACAUCCGUCUGCACCCGGAGAAGACGAUGGUGGCCAGCGACUGUGUGGAGUUCCUGGGGUUUAUGGUCUCGGCUGACGGCAUGGGCCCUACCCGCGCCAAGGUAGCCGCCUUCCUGGCGCUCACCUCGCCCACGUCAGCCACCGCUCUCAAGACCAUCCUGGGCAUGUACGGCUACUACCGCGACCUAGUCCACCAUUACGCCGACAUCGUCGCCGGCAUCACGCCGCUGACCUCCAAGAACGUUGUCUGGCGCAGCGACACUUGGCGUCCUGAGCAUCAGGCGGUGCUGGACGAGCUCAAGCGCAUCUACUCUGAGGAGGGGCUGGUGCUGCGGCGUGUGCACCCCGACCGGCCCUUGAUCCUGCAUACGGACUUCUCAGGUGUGGGAAUUAGCGGCGUGCUGGGUCAGCUGGACGACCAGUCGCGGGAGUACAUGUGCGCCUGCAUAUCGCGGUCGCUGAACGUGCAUGAGCGCAAGUACACCAGCUACAAGGGCGAGCUGCUGGCAGUGGUCUGGGCCGUCAAGCUGCUGCACAGCUACCUCAGCAGCCGGCCGUUCACGGUCGUUACCGAUCACGCCCCGCUGCUGUGGCUGAUGACGACCUCGGAGGGCCUCACCCCGCAGUACGCUCGCUGGGCGCUGACGCUGCAGGCCUACGACUUUGACGUCGUGCACCGCCCAGGCCACCUCCACCAGAACGCGGAUGCCCUCAGCCGCAGCCCGCUCCCGUCUGCCCAUGACGGUUCUGGUGCCCGUCUUGACGAGGAGGAUGACCCCGUUCGCCCACCGCCGGCGCUCGUGGCUUAUCCUGGGGUGGAGUGGCCGUCGUUCGCCUUCCGCCGCCGCCUGCCCACGGCCGCGGCGGUACUGGCGGCCCGUUUCGCGCUGUCCCCGUCCACAGCGUCGCCAGCCAGUGUCAUCUCCUACGCCGCCAGCUUGGCGCCCGUGGCGCUGCUGCCAGCAUACACGGUCGUUGCGGCAAUCCCCGAGCGCAUCCGCUGCUUGUCGCUGCAUGCAGUGGAGGCGUCGAGCGCCACCAGCAGCCUGGUCGUGUCAGCUGGAGAGCUUGCAGAUCCCGUGCCUGAUCCGGUGCCCCCUGCCAUGCGCCGCGCGACCAUGCAGGUGCGGCUCGAGCGCCCUGCGCUGCGCGCCAUUGUGCCGGUCAGCGCCCUGCCGCUGCGCCUGCGGGUGCCCGACCAGGCGGUGGUCGGCAUCAACACGGCGCUGGUGCAGCACGGCCUGUUCCCCGUGGCGCUGGGAGGUGACGGUGUGGCGGUUCUGGAGCUGCCGGGCGGCCUCUGCUCGGGCCUGCUGGCGUGCCUGCAACUGGGCCUGCGAGUGCGCCGCUAUAUUCCCCUUAGCGGCGACCCCACCUCGCAGGCAGCUGCUGCGGCGCUGCAGCCGUAUGUGGUGCGGCAGUAUGGCGGCUUGCUGGCGGCUGGUGCUUGGGACGAGGGGUUGCGCGCGCCGGCAUGCUCGGCGACGGAGCUGGUGCAGUGGGCCGUGUCGGACGCUGGGGCAGAGGCGCUGGGUCUCCUUACCCAAGGUCAGUGGCUGGUCAUGGGCAGUUGGGCGGGCGACGUGGGCUGGUCAGCGCAGUUGUACGUGAGCUUGCUGGGUGCGGUGCAGAGCAGCAUGCGGGCGGCAGGGGUCCCGCCGCCGGCCUUCCUGUUGGAGGGUCCCCCGUGCACGCUAGAAGCCGCAGAAGCCGCUGGCCUGCCGUUGGGCUACCCUGCCACUGUUGACGCCGUGCAAACUGGCGCUGUCUUGCACCGUCUCAGCAGCAUCUACACCAACCUGGCCAACCCAGCUCACCUGGCUUACUGCCUCCGCCGGCUCCCACCGCCGGCGGACGCAACGCUAGCAUCUCGCCUCCCUGACGGCUGGUUCCCAGCCCCAGCCACGCAGCCACUGCCUUCGCCGUACGCGCCGCUUGAGGUCCCGGGCGUCCCAUGGGUCGCGCUGCCGCCACUAGCGCUGGUCGGCACGCCGCCGCUACUGCAAGGGGCCAACCGCGUUCCUGCAGUGCCCGAUGCCGCCUUGGUCGCCGCGCUUGCAGGCUUUCCGCCGCUGCCCCAGCAUCCCAGUCUGCCAGCCCUGCUGCCGCGUCAGCCACCGCCGCCGGUCCUCACGGCGGCGCUAGCCAGUUGCCUUGCGCUUCAUCGCGCCUUCGUCACACCUCAUGACCUGCAACCGCUGCAGCCUCGGCACGUAGCCGAACCGGCGCGUCCGCUGGGGGGGGGUGUCAAGUGACGUCGACGCCUUGGAGGCCAGCUUCAGCGUGGACACGCAACUCGGCUCAGGUUUGGCGGCGGCCGCAGCACUGGAGGCAGCUGCGGCUGCGCACGAUGCAGCGUGGCUGACGGUACUGGCGUGCGACGUCUUGGUACAGCGGACGCUUGGCUCGGCGGUCGUGGAAGCCACCGCCGUGCUUGCAGCGGCAGCCGAGGUGCAGGAGGAGACAGCAGCAGCGGGCAGCGAUCCUGACGUGUGGGGUGAUGCGGAGGCCAUGGCAGUCAUUCGUGCGCCGCUCUCAGGCCGUGUGCCGCCUGGGGAGGCAGCCGGAGCACCUUCCGCCAGGGUGUUGCGUCGCGCGUCGCACUACCGCUGGACUGGCUCGCAGCUGCUGCGCAUGAUGGCGGAUGGCUCCACGCGCGUCUGCCCGCUGCCGGCAGAUCGCAUGGAGCUGACUCAGCGGACUCAUGCAGUGGCGCACUUGGGUGUGCGGCGUACGUUGGCGCUGCUGCAGCUGGGUUACUGGUGGCAUGGCAUGCGCAGCACUGUUCGGCAGGUAGUGGGCUCCUGCAAGCUCUGCGACAUGUGCAACAGCUCUGGCUCGUCGCGACCAGUGCAGCUGCAGCCACUGGCGAUCAAGGGCAUGUUCUACCGCUGGGGCAUGGACUUGGCUGGGCCGCUGCCGCCCACCAAGCCGCACGGCUUCACCUACGUGAUGGUGUGCGUAGAACACUUCACCAAGCAUGCGGAGUUUCUGCCGUUGCGGGAUAAGACGGCGGACGAGACGGCCAGGGGCUUGUUGGAGGUCAUCGCCAGGUUCAGCGCGCCGGCGGAAGUAGUGACGGAUCAGGGGGGGGAGUUCGAGGGGGCCUUCAGCCGCCUUCUUGAGCAGUGUUACGUGGACCAUCGGCCGACGUCUGCGUAUCACCCGCAAGCCAACGGUGCAGCGGAGCGGCUGGUGCAGGUGCUCAAGUCAGCCCUGCGCAAGUACUGUGCUGAGAGCGGCAGUCCUGAAACAUGGGAUCAGCACUUGCCAUGGUUGGCUCUCGCCUAUCGCUGUUCACCGCAGGCCUCCACCAAGCUUGCCCCGUACACCCUCAUGUACGGCGUGCCGCCAGUCGUGCCACCGGCGGUACGAGAGCGCUUCCAGGCGGAGCUGGCCUUCACUGGGAAUGCCGGUGAGCAGGUCUACGCGCGGGCCUUGGUGGAGAGGGCAGCGCUGCUGCAGCGGCACGCGCCGGCCGCUGCCGGCAACCUGCUCAUAGCGCAGCACAGAGACACCAGGCGGUACGCGCUCGUGCGCUCAGGGCUGUGGCGCCCCCCGCAGCUGCAGUUUGCUACGGGC